AUGUUGCUGCUAACUGUUCUUGGAUUCUACAUGUCCAUGCUGAAGUACACCGCUGCUGCCCAGCCGCUUGCACGUCACGCGCUGCCUGUGUCUCAGUGGCGUAAAAACUCCAGAAACUAUUUGCAGGCUGGCGACGCUGCUCCAUUUGCAAACGCUGGACAAUCCGGAGAUGCUGAUAAACUUCUUUGCGAAGUAGGUUCCGUCAUCAGUGCGGGCUUGCCAGGCCGCUUGCCUCGAAAAGAGCUGUUUGAAGCCCAUGCGGUAAUGGAAGUGGUGAAUCGCCAUUUCCCAACAGAGUCUCGCAUUUUCGAACCAUGCGCUGGCUGUGGACUUCUGGCAAUCUUCCUUGUUCUCUCAAAUCGGGGUCGUCGAGUUCGCUGCUCAGACAAGAAGCAGCCCAGACUGGCACGUGAGCUUCAUGAGUGCGUAGCACACAAAUGGCCGUUUCUGCGCCAGCAGAUCCAGUGGGAAGAGGCCGAUGUUCGCAAAACUACGGUGACGGUCGCCCGUGACGAACUUCUAGUGUCAUGUCAUGCCUGCAGCUUUUUAUCAGACGAGAUGAUCCUUUCUGCGAAGCGAAGUUUCCGGCCGCUGGUAUUAGUGCCUUGCUGUUACGAGACACAGCCUGUGCUCACAGAGCGGUCUUGGUUGCCGAAUUGGAGCUUCAGAAGGUGGCCCUGGCUGGAGGAAGGUGCUGUGAACCGCCGGGGCCGGACUGCCAUUGAUGAAGUUCGCAUCCAGACCUUGAAGAAUGCUGGCUACGAUGUUGCCCGGGAGGAAAUUGACCGCCAGAUCUCUGAAAUGAAUCGUGUCAUUGUGGCGCAGCCGCUUCAGCAACAGGUGUGA